UCCUCCUCUUCUCUUUCUUCCUCUUCCUUUUUUUCUGUCCAUCUUCCAACCUCCCCGUCUCUUUCUCUCUCUCUCUCCAUCAGCAUCAGUCCCUUUUCUUUUCAAUUUAUCAUCAUGGAGAACGAGUCGCUGCAGAUCUCUCUGGGAUGGGCAGGGCAGCUCCCAGAACACAGUCUGAACCUCUGAGACCUCUCACUCUGCUGCAGGAAGAACUCACAGGAACUCCACACAAACCACCAGUGAGGAGGAACUACAACGUCCACUGAAGCUGCUUCAUCUGCUCCUUCUGCGUCAACCAGGGGAUUUACAACCGCCCGCCAGCGACUCAAGAAGCUGCACCAGAACCUGGACACCAGAGUCCGAAGCCAGAACCUCGGACCAGCAGCCCCCAGUGAGAGUCGGGACACGUGACCCAGACCAGGCCCAGAAGAGACCAGCAGAAACCAGUCGAGGCCGUCGGAACAGUUUGAUGGGCCUGCGGACGAUAGCCACAUGCCUCUGAGUCCGGCUGCUGACACCAAACAUGAUCGCCCGCGGCAACAGGCGGUUUCUAACGGCAACCCGACAGGCUCUGCUGUUGCCAGGGACGACGAAGCGGAUGACACGCCCCCUGGAAACAGCACUGUCGUCCGCAUCGGCAUCCCGGACCUGCAGCAGACGAAGUGUUUGCGGUUGGACCCAGAGUUACCAGUGUGGACCAGUAAGCAGAGGGUUCUGGUCACGUUGACUCAGUCUCUGUCGGAUGUUCUGAACUAUGGUCUCUUCCAGCCGGCGUUCAACGGCCGAGCCGGAAAGUUUCUGGACGAGGAGCGGCUGCUGAAGGACUAUCCCCUGCCCCCCAUCACGCCCAUCCCCUACCUGGAGUUUCGUUAUAAGAGGAGAGUUUACACGCAGACCUACGUGGACGAUAAACAGCUGGCCAAGUUACACACCAAGGCCAAUCUGAAGCGUUUCAUGGAACAUGUGCAUCAGAAGAACGCAGAGAAAAUUUCCAAAUGGCUGGAAAAAGGCCUGGACCCCAACUUCCACGACUCAGACAGCGGGGAGUGUCCUCUGACGCUGGCCGUGCAGCUGGAGGAAAGCUGCGAGCUCAUUAAAGUCCUGCGCUGCGGUGGAGCUCACCUGGACUUCAGGACCAGAGACGGCAUCACGGCGCUGCACCGGGCCGUCCUCUGCAGGAACAGCGCCGCUCUCACCACGCUGCUGGACCUCGGGGCGUCCCCGGACUACAAGGACAGCAGAGGCCUCACUCCGCUCUACCACUCGGCCAUGGUGGGCGGCGCCCCCUACUGCUGCGAGCUGCUGCUGCAGGACCACGCCACCAUCGGGAUGACUGAUGAGAACGGGUGGCAGGAAAUCCACCAGGCAUGUCGCUAUGGUAACGUGCAGCACUUGGAGCACCUGCUUUUCUAUGGCGCUGACAUGAGUUCUCAGAAUGCAUCAGGAAACACCGCACUGCACCUCUGUGCUCUCUACAACCAGGACAGUUGUGCCAGAGUGCUUCUGUUCAGAGGAGCCAACAAGGACAUCAAGAACUACAACAACCAGACGGCCUUUCAGGUGGCGAUCAUUGCUGGGAACUUCGAGCUGGCAGAAAUCAUAAAAAUCCACAAAAGCUCUGAUGUCGUAGUUCCCUUCAGAGAAACUCCCUCCUACACCAAACGCCGGCGAGGCGUCGUUACCAGGGCAACGGCUGGAAACGGCCUCUCGUCCCCGCGCUCUCUUAUUCGCUCAGCCAGUGACAAUGCUCUGGAAAGCCCCGCCUCCUCUCCUGGCCCCUCCCUCCAAAGCCUGGAGACACACCACGACACGCACACACACUCGCUACGACGACACACACGCCGACUCAGUUUGUCCGUCUGCAGCCCGAGCGGCGGCGCAGGCCACGUGGAGACCAGCCCCCCCCCCUCCCCUCCGCUGACCCCCCAGCUGAGGAAGAGGAGGCUGUACAGCGCCGUGCCGGGACGAACCUUCAUCGCCACCCGGUCCCACGUCCCCGGGGGGCCGGGCGAGAUCCAGCUACACCGCGGAGAGAGAGUCAAAGUGCUGUCCAUCGGUGAGGGGGGAUUCUGGGAAGGUAGCGUUAAGGGAAGAACCGGUUGGUUUCCUGCCGACUGUGUUGAAGAAGUUCAGAUGAGACAAUACGACCCGAGGCUGGAGACGAGGGAGGAUCGCACCAAGAGACUGUUCAGACAUUACACUGUGGGAUCCUACGACAACUACACCUCCUACAGCGACUACGUGAUCGAGGAGAAGACGGCCGUGCUGCAGAAGAGAGAGAGCGAGGGAUUCGGCUUCGUCCUCAGAGGAGCGAAAGCUGAGACGCCAAUCGAGGAGUUCGCCCCGACGCCGGCGUUUCCCGCUCUCCAGUACCUGGAGUCGGUCGAUCAAGGGGGCGUGGCCUGGAGGGCGGGGCUACGGACUGGAGACUUCCUCAUAGAGGUGAACGGGUCAGACGUGGUGAAGGUGGGUCACCGGCAGGUCGUCUCUCUGAUCCGACAGGGAGGAAGUCGCCUGCUGAUGAAAGUCGUGUCUGUCUCCAGGAAGUCAGAAUCCAACCUGAUCAGGAAGAAAGCUCCACCCCCUCCAAAACGAGCCCCGAGCACCUCACUGACGCUCCGAUCCAAGUCCAUGACCGCUGACCUGGAGGACAUAGCCCGGAGGAGACGCUACGAGAAACUGGACGAGAUGUUGGCCGGCGGUCCGCAGGAAGUCGUCCUGAGGGCUCGUCCGUCCGACGACUUCAGAGCGGCGACGGUCAAACAGCGACCGACCAGCCGGCGAAUCACACAGGCCGAGAUCAACUCCCUGUUUGAGCGUCAGGGUCUGGUUCCCCCCUCGGCCCCAGAGAAGAGCACCAUGGCUUUACCCAGAGGAAUGUCCAGAACCAAGAGCUUCGGCACACCCGAGGACGACAGGAUCUCCGCUCUGAUCCACGAGAGUCGGUUUCCACGGAGCUCCUCGCUGACGGACAGCUUCAUCCCUCCCCCUCCUCAGACGGCUCCACCUCCUCCUCCCUCCGGCUCCUCCUCCGCCUCCUCGCUCUUCCUCCUAGACUCUGGACCCCCUCCCUCUUUCCUCCCGCCUCCUCCCCCGGCUAGAGGGGAGGGGCUGACCCGCUCCAGCUUCAAGCCGGGGGCGGAGCCGAGGCUGCAGGAGCUCUCCGACUCGCCGGCGAGGAGCCACGCCCACGCCGAGCGUCAGAGGAAAGCGAGGUCGAUGAUCAUCCUGCAGGACACGCCACCGCCGCCGCCGCUGCAGCCUGACACUCACGCCGCCGCCGCCACCACCCACGCGCUGCACACCGCCACACACACCGCCACACACACGCUUCACACCGCUACGCACACCUCCACGCUGUCUCUCCACAGCACCAGCCCCGCCCUCGGCCACUCACCGCUGUCACGCCGCCGGGGUCGACCAAUAGAAAACCCAUACGCCAAUGUGGGACAGCAGGCUCCACCCACCAAACCACAGAGGAGGAAGUCACCUCUGUUGAAACAACUUCCUGUAGAGGAGCAGGGACUUCUGGAUCCAUCCAAAUCAGACGGCGGCGGGCCGGGCAGCCCCAGCAGGGCGGAGAUGUACCAGCAGCAGGUUCUUUCAGAGCGCGCCCGGGUACAGGGCCGCCGGUCAUCUCUCUUCCUGUCUGUUGAGGGGGCGGGGUCAGAAAACCAGGUGCCACCCCUCCUUACUCUGAGCCAUUCGAUGGACGACCUCGGCGAGCUUCCUCCUCCUGCCCCGGUCCUAUCGCCUUCACCGACACCCCACACCUUCCUCCACCCGCUGACAGGGAAACCGUUGGACCCGUCCUCUCCACUCGCCCUGGCUCUUGCUGCACGAGAACGAGCGCUCACUGCCCGAACGCCAAGUCCUGAGCCUCGAAGUAAACACGCGUCUGCCUCCACUACACCCAUUCCCACCCCAGCUGCGAGCCCAGAGGGGCGACACAAGCGCACGCCGCUCCCCACCCCUCAGAGCAGCCCCGAGCCCCGAUCCAAGCGCACCACUCCACAGAUGAGCCCAGAGCCCAGAACCAAGCGCACUACUCCCCAAACCAGCCCUGAGCUGAGGCAUAAACGCAUAACCCCGCCUCUGUUCCCCGAUGGACAGGUAGAGCGUCCAGAAACAGAGGGAGGAGUGACGUCACCUGCUGCCCCCUCCCCUGAACGUUGGAGACCCUCCUUGCCACCACUGGCCAAUGAGAGUCACUCUGCUCUGAUUGACAGACGCAGAAGCCUCACAGUGGGCAGCUCCGAGGAGGAGGGUGGAGCUUACACAGUGACACUCCCACCGGCGUUGUUGUCGUCCAGUGAUGAAGAAACUAGGGAGGAGCUUCGCAGAAUUGGUCUGGUGGCUCCUCCCCCUGCCUUUGCCAGUUCUGCUGCUCCUCCUCUCCCAUCGUCUCUCACCCUAUUGCCCCGGCGAGCUGGGGAGGGAGGGGGAGAGAGUGGUCCUGACUCUCUGGGUAGACAAGGAGACGAGGAGGAAGGAGGUGACGAAAGGCUCCACGACAGCUCUUCCUCCCCAAGUUCACUCCCUCCCUCCAUAACCUUGGCCUCCCCUCCGGCUCCAUCUUCCCCGUCCUCCCCAACUGCUGCUCACCCAUCUUCCUCAUCCGUCUCCACUUCCCCAUCAGCCCUGAAGCCUCGCCUUCGUUCGCCUAUUGGCCGGGGUCGCUCUUCACUGCGGGACCCACUGCUGAAACAAUCAUCGGACAGUGAGCUACUCCCCUCCGCUGCAUCCUCCUCCUCGCCUUCCUCACCACUCUGUUCCUCCCCCACCAGUGGCCGACAGCCACGCUACCUAUUCCAGAGGAGGUCUAAACUGUGGGGGGGAGGGGACGAGGAGCGCCGGGGCCUCAGUCCAGAGGAAGGAGGAGGCCGUCCGGCCGCACUGGGGGGUCAGGGGUCGGCUUCGGCCGUGGAUCUGAGCAGCCGGUCGGCGUCAGUGCUGGAGCUGAGUGGCAGGGGGGGUUCUGGACUGGACCUGGCUAAUCGGCUACAGCUACUCAACAAAGACAGUCACUCUCUGGGCGAGGAGCCGAGCCCCCUCGACCCGGGCCGGAGGUCACCAGUGGGAGGUGCCAGAUGUGUGGACAGUGAAGAGAGUAAAUCGUUGUUCUCCAGUCUCGGUGAACUCCACACCAUCUCCCAGCGAGGAUACGGUGCUAGCUAUACAGUCCGACCGGGGAGUCGCUACCCUGUCACCCGCCGUAGCCCCUCCCCCUCUCCUUCCCCCUCCGAUAGGUCGAUAGGGCACCCCUCCUCCACCUCCCCCUGCUCUGAGAGGCCCGACCUGAGCUCGGGUCGCGGUCUGACCAUCCUGAAGUCGUCCAGUCUCAGUCUCCCCUCGGAACCAAAGGAGGUUCGGUUCGUGAUGCGAAGUGCCAGCGCACGAACCAGGUCACGUUCCCCUUCACCGUCACCCCACGCCUCACCUUGCCCCUCCCCAGUCCUCAGUGGCCCCCUGUUGGCCCUUCGACCCUGGAGGCAGCGGCCACUCAACCUGUGGAAUAAAUACGACGUGGGCGACUGGCUGGAGAGCGUGGGCCUCGCCGAACACCGCCAGCGCUUCCAGGAGCAUGAGAUCGAAGGCUCCCACCUCCCGGCCCUCACCAAGGAGGACUACGUGGAGCUGGGUGUCACCAGACUAGGACACCGCAUCAACAUCGAGAGGGCACUGAGACAGCUGCUGGAUGGAUCCACUUGACCCCUCGCCUCUGACCUCUAGACAUCCUGAACUGUGACCUCAUAACCCCUGACCUCUGGUCAGACUCUAGGCCAUCUCUUUGACUAUAGGAUCUCUUAGCAAUGACUGAAUCUUUAAACCUUUCUACCAACGCAGAGACCAACUCUCUGAACGAUCUCGCCGACAUUUUGUUCUCAUCAGCUGUUUGAUCAACUCGGUGUUGUGAAGAGCUCUUUGUCCGGUUUUUAGUUCUAGCACCAUUCUUUACUUUGACGUCUGCUAACGACUACUGUCCAUUGUUUGUACUGUUGAAACCCUUCAGCCAAAUUUGUUAUUUCUCUAUUUAAAAGGUCAGAAGCGAAUGAGGCGGUCGCUGAUUCAAUGUUAUUUAAUGAAUCCAAUUUGUGCUGUUCGUUGUCCCAAAGGAACAAUACAGUUUUCUUACGACUUCUAGCGGAGGUCUAAGAAUAUGUAAAAACUUCUUAAGCUGCAAUUGAGAGACCGAUAUUUGAUCCAGACCUGAUAGUUGUCGAGGUUUCUAAGAAAAGAGCCUCUUGGCUGUCGAUGUGGAGUUCGUCGUGACCUGCGGAAGAAUCCAUAAAAUUUUUGAUCUGGAUAAACGGGCAGAAAGAAGUCGUUAGCUUUGACGGAGACGUGUCUUCUGAUCUGAAUUAAAUAAUUCAUAAGCAAAGUUUUGACUUUAUUUGAAAUCCUGCUGUAAAACUAUGGGAAUCAAACUACGACGAGAAGCUCUACUCAUUUAUUAAUCUACUAAUCCUUCCACACCAUCUUUUUCCUAGCGAUGUUAACAGAUCGAUUCAUCACUGAACCGUCUCCACGGGUGAAGAUCUCCGUUGGUCAAACAGCUGAUCGGACAAAUGUGACGAGACAGGAUCUUUAUUCCUCGAGACGCUUUGCUCCUCCAGACGAGACGAGCUGGACUUUUGUUAGCGGAGCUGGACGAUGAGCAAACUAAAGGGAAUCUGGACCAUGACAACAGGAGAUUAUAGCUGAGGAUACGUCUCCCUUCCGUUUGUCUUGUGUCUUAGCAUUUCUUCUUUUUUCCCAAGUAUCACUCACGACGACUUGGUGUUAUCUUUUGAGUUUGUAUCUUAAUGACGAUCAUUUAGAACUUAUGAAUAACAAGUAAUAAUAAUGUGGUGGUGAUGACUUACAGAGUUUUAACAGUUUUGGAAAAAAUGAUUUUUGAGUUCCGAAUGAUUUGACAAUGAGUUGAAUUUCCCGAUUUUUUUUUUCGCUGAUGUUUUUGGAAUAUUCAUGAUGAUUUGUCAAUGAGUGUGACUUUGUGCUGAUGUGCUGUGUGUUUCAGGGAGAGCUGCAGCAGAGCUCCAACUGUAAACCUCUCUGGGUUCUAACCUGCUUAUCGAGGGCUUACUGUACAUGGUGCUAUCUGUUUAAAGCCAUCUGUACAGAACUCCCCCCCCCCCCCCCCCCCCCACACACACACGUUCCUCACACCAACUAACCCCCUUAAAACUACAGUCAUUCAUCAAUCUAAUCAACCUACCUGCAGUGACAGCUGCUCAUCAGAAACAGGCCAUAUAUGGAGUUUCCUCGCUGCCAUAUUGGGGAGUUCUUCCCUGCCAUAUGUGGAGUUUCCUCCGGACCAUAUAUAGAGUUUCCCUGAAGUGGAGUCGCCCAAUCAGAGCCAUCUUUAUGGCUGCGACUACCGAUUCAUGUGCAGAUCAGUUUAUCAAUCGUUUCUUCCUAUGAAUCUUUUACUCUCAUAUAAGACCUAGACAAAGCAGCUAAUUUUAUAUUUGAGACAAACGAUGUGAUUGUAGAACACAGAAUUUCACAAAUGUGCAUGAGGGCUGCGAAUAAUAAAUAUUUUCAUUAUCGAUUAAUAGUUUGUUCUAAGAAAGAAGACAGCCCAAAACCGACCGAUAUUUUUGGGGGCCAAUGCAGAUACCAAUAUUAGGGAGCAAAUUCUUUUCCAAUACAAUAUUCUGGCUGAUAUAUACAGGAAUAUUCCUACCAUCAAACCCUUGCUUUAAAAAAGAAAUCACCCUACUCAAAGAUCAGAAGAGUGUAGAGGAGGUCCAGGGCGUGUUUAGCCUAGCUUAGCACAAAGACUGGAAGCAGGGGGAAACUGAUAGCCUAUAGCUCAAUCGGUUUUCCAGACAAACAAGAUAAACGACCUUUCUGAAAUCGCUGGACGGUGGAUUUCUUUCACUUUUGAACUGACUUGUUAAAAGAUUCUAAAGAAGCUUUUGCUUCGCUCGCUCUAACCUCAACUUUGACUCCAUCUUGACACAACUGCUGUAUAUAAAGACGUGUUAGAGUUUCUCCUCGUGAUUCUCCUCUAAAGCACAAUCAACAUCACAGUGCCUGUUUCCACGACGAACCAAUCGGCCGCGAUGUUUUUAACCGACUCGAGUAUCUGAACUCGUGCCGAGACGCGACCGCGACGCCCUUUUGUAGAACAAGUAAUAUGACCUGAUCGUUACCUACAGAGGCUAUGGGAUGUGUAGUCCAUGUACAGCACAUUACAGACGACUAUAGAGUCUCUAUAAUAUAUAUUAUGGUAGAAUAAUGUAGCUAUAGUGUAAUAUAUAAAGUAUAGUAGAAAAUAACAUUUAUACAGUCAUAUUUUGGGAGUCUAUGAAGUCCUGAUCCGUAUGUGAUAUUCAGACUUUGUAAACGCCUACAUACCAGCUGUUAGCUUAAUGCUAACUUCACACUAAAAAUUAACAGACGAUUCCCACAUUUCUUAACAUGGAUGAAUUAAGACAGCAUCAUAAACCACAGCCAAUCAACCUGCUGCUAGUUUGCCCCUGUUGGCCAACUGUGGUACUACACCAAAAAAGCUAAAAAUCUGUAAAGCUAUUGAAAAUGCCUCGAACUCCACACUCCAACCAAGGUCAGUCACUAAUUUUUGCUUGCCGACUUUUUAAAAUCAUUUAUGAAGGAUUUAUAUUUGUAAAUCUUUUCCCAGAGCGUAGACAAAACUAUUUUUAUGUGUGAGAUGUUGACGAGUAAAAACGCAGAAGAAAUCAGGAGGAGGACAAACUUUUUUCACUUCCUGCUCAAACUACAGACGGACAUUGAGAAACUACAGACAGCAGGUGAACACGGUGCAGCAUUCAGCAACUAAAGAGCCAGAAGGUUCCCUCUGGAGGUGGUGGAGACCAAACACAGAGAUAAAACAGAGGGAACUCUGGGACACGACACCACAUCAACCACAAACAUCUUCUUAACAAACAGAAGAGACGAUCCUGGUUUCACAGAGACGCGAAAGUGCCUGUUGUGUAGCUGUUGACACUGACUGAAUAUCACCUUUUAACAGAUAUACGCUUUACAUCUGUAGUAUAUAUUAUAAUAGACUAGAACAGUUUGCUGUACAGAGUCAUUCACAGAACGAGCCGUCGCCUUCUCUGCAGCGCAACGAUGGACGUAAUGUAGAUCAGCGACGAUGAGGUCAUGUGACCUCUUAACCUCUGACCUCAGGUCCCCGCUAACUAAACCUGACACAAGGUCAUUCACCUCUUUCUCAGCCAAUCAGAAAAACAACCAGCAAACCUGCCGCUGAAAUCUCAGUUGCUUCUUCAGUAGUUUCUGUUUGUCACCAAUCGAAACAAAACACGCUCAGAAGAUUAACUGUUCGAUUUAGUGUCGUUGAAGAGCAACAUUUUCAUCUACCUGAGAUCUUUGUGAGGCAUCGUCAAAUCCCAACCAAGGUUUGUCGAAUCCCGACAAUCUCUUACGAAAACGCGACAAUCGAUGGUUUGUCAAGAACGAACAUGAUGCAAAAUAAAACUUGCUGGAGGCCUUUGGAACGAUGUGCGGAUCAUUUGUUUGAUUCUUGCCUUCGGUGCUCUACACUUGUUAUACCUGGUCAAUUUACAAGGAAAUAACACAUCUACACAUUUAAGUUCUACCAAGUGUAAAUAGAUGAGUUCUGACUGAAACAAUCAGGACAGGUCACCACUACAGCCGCAGAUGCAAAGAUCAAGCAAAUAAAAAUUGGAAUAUCUAUUUUUUAUCCAGUUUUCUAAAUUGAGAACCAUUUUACUUCCUUGCUUCUUACGACUUUCAGUCCUUCAGACUUUGCUGAACAACAAACAAGUUUCCUAAAUGUCGACCGAACGUCUACGUUUAAUUGAACCUAAAUGAACCAUCGUCCACACGAGAGAUUCAAGGUCACUCGCACUUGGUGAUAAAAAGACAAAUUUGACAAAAUGGAGAAUCGUGGACCAAGGUGACGACAGGAGGAACCAGGACAUCUGACGACGCACUAACGCCUCAUCUCCCUGCUGAUUGGCUGAGAAUCCCGACUCUGACCUGUUAGAAACGUCCUCCUCCUGAUUUUCACAUGGGUAUAAAAGUUGUAUGGCCCCGCCCCCGUCCCCUCCUCCUUUCUGGCUUCCUCUUUCUACAGUAUGUUUGUAGUUUCUUUUGGAGUGAGUGGCGUGUGUUGUGGGUUUUUUUCUUCCUCUUUUUCUAAAAAACUAUUAAGAGCACACGAGGACAACUGAUGAGCUCUGCAACGCAACAGACUGUAACCUUUAUAAUAAACUGUCAUUUAAUACAAAGUUAA